GGGGAAACCGGGAGACCACGCCCAUUUUUUUUUGGGUCCACAGCAGCACAGCCGCGCGCGCGCGCCGUCCAGGAAUAACGGUCCGAGCCUUGCGGGAGUCGCGCGCGCGAGCCGUUAGAAAUAACGCGCAAGUUGGCGAAGCGCGGGAAAUCCCUGCGCGUUCACGCGAUCCUCCCGUCUCGUUCUCUCUCCGACGCCUUAUUCUGUCUCUGAAGAGUGAGGAUGGACGAUCUGGGAGAGCCAGACUCGUCUAACUACCCUCUCAGCCCCCGUAUUGUCGUGUUUGAUGCUCUCCUGGCUGAUCUGGAAAGCUCAGCUUCUCCUCUUGCUCGGUGUCCCGUCCUAUUGACAUCUGACCCUCCAGUGACCUCUGAGCCCUCACCAACAUGCAACCAAGACUCUGGUCAGAGCCGUCCUCCUCCACCUGCAUACACACCUCAGCAGACAGUUUCGGCUGCCAUGAAGUCCAACGGCUCUCAGAACCCAGACAAGCUUUACAGCACUGUGUGUAAGCCUCGUUCUCCGCGCGCUGCUGACCCUCCUCCUCCUCCUGCAUUCUCGUCGUCAUCGGUGCUGGGUGGAGGCCUGAGUGAACUCGACCACCUGCUGCAGGAGCUUAACGCCACCCAGUUCAACAUCACAGAUGAGAUCCUGGCUCAGUUCCCGACGACUAAGAAGGAGGACAAGGACAAGGACAAAUCAGGAAAGUCGGCUCCCUCCACUGGGUCAGUGAAACCCUCUGCCACAUCGGCCACACUGGAACUGGACAAACUAAUGGCAUCCCUGUCUGAUUUCCGCGUGCAAAGUGUGCCGCCGGCUCAGGCCAAUCCUGCACCUUUACAGCAGUCGGUGUCUCCGCCCCCGGCGUCCUCCGGCGGAUCACUGGACAGCAUGCUGGGCCUCCUCCAAUCAGAUCUGAGCAGGCAGGGAGUGUCCACUUCCUCUAAGGGAAACUGCUCCGCCUGCCAAAAACCGAUUGUUGGACAGGUGGUGACGGCGCUGGGGCGGGUGUGGCACCCAGAACACUUCGUGUGCUCCGAGUGUGAAUGUGAACUUGGGAACCGUAACUUCUUUGAGAAGGACGGACGUCCGUACUGCGAGCCUGAUUACUUCAGUCUGUACUCGCCUCACUGCGCGCACUGCAAUAAACCCAUCCUCAAUAAAAUGGUCACGGCGCUCGAUAAGAACUGGCACCCCGAGUGCUUCUGCUGUGUGAAGUGCAGCCGGACGUUCGGAGAUGAAGGGUUUCAUGACCGUGAGGGACAGCAGUACUGCAAGCAGUGUUUUCUGGCGCUGUUCGCGUCGCGGUGUGAAGGCUGCACUCAGCCCAUCGUGGAGAAUUACAUCUCCGCCCUCAACGCCCUCUGGCACCCGCAGUGCUUCGUCUGCAGGGAGUGUUUCUGCCCGUUUGUGAACGGAAGCUUCUUCGAGCACGAGGGCCAGCCGCUGUGCGAGGCCCACUAUCACCAGUCUCGCGGCAGCGUGUGUCAGGCGUGCCAGCAGCCCAUCGUAGGACGCUGCAUCACCGCCAUGGGUGCUAAGUUCCACCCGCAGCACCUAGUGUGUCAGUUCUGCCUUAAACCUCUGAGCAAAGGCUGCUUCAAGGAGCAGGACAACAAGCCCUACUGCCACCCGUGUUUCCUCAAGCUCUUCGGCUGAAUUCAGAUCGGGGGGGGGGGGGGGGGGGGUUGUCGGGGGUUGUCCAGUACAUUCACAGUAGGGUGCUUUACAGGAUUGAUAUUGCUAUCUUGCAUCUUUUUUCUUUAUUUAAAAAUAAAUAAUGUGCAAAAGAAGACAAAAAUGCAAUUUUAUAACUAAGUCGAGUGAAAAAGAAAAAGACUUUUUGUAAAAUUAGGAAGUGUGCCAAAAACACACUUGUGUAAAUCAGGUGACGGUGUUAGCUAUGUUUACAUGCACACAAUAGCCCAAUGUUUCUCAACCGCUGGGAGCACAUGGACGUUUGUUUAGCAGUUUAUGAUAAAAGUAAUUAGAUUGGGAUUUUUGUCAAAAAAAACUAUUUUAGAAACAAAUGACCAACACUUUUGAGUAAAAUGUUGAUAUUUCCAACACGUUGGUCCCAUUUUCAUUGCCAUUGUGCAGUUGUAUUAAUAUCAGGAACUAUUUAUUUCCAUUUUAUCACACCAUAAAAUUGGACUAUUGAUGUACAUGUAAAUGUAACUAUAAACGCUGAAAGACUGUAGGAUUAAACACCCACACACACACACACACACACACACACACACACAGAGCUAUUAUUUAAUACCGUGAACAUUCCUAACAUGUAGCAUGGCCUAAGCAUGUAAGCAUGUGCCGAUGUUACAUUUUCGCCUCAGGCUAACUGUAGUAACCUUUAUUAUAUACAGUAUUUACAAUCAUUAUUUAAAGAACUAACUGGACCUGAAAGCUAUCUGUGUAACAUUUCUGACGUUUGUCUAUCUGAAAUCGGUCAUUACUUUCAAACACAACACUGUGACUUUGUAAGCUAACGUUAGCUAGCUGUCAGUGUAAGCUGCAGGAGUGUAACAGGAAACAUUUCAUCUUACAAAUUACGUUAGAUUUUUAAAUAAAUUUAGCUUUUACAAAGAGAAGGUUUACAUUUUAUCAGCGGUUAUCGGCACAUGCCUACAUGACAGCCACGUGAACAGCCAAAGCUUUCAUUAUAAUUAUUAUUUUCUUUUUUACAUAUUAAAUAGAUGGAUGAAGUAAACACCAUGUCGGUUGCAGACAAUCACCAGCUGGCUUAUUUAGCUUUAUAGAAAAAAAAUAUUCUUAUUUGCAUACAUGAUUUCCAAAGAUCCCUUUUUAACCAACUGUUUGGAUUAAAUAUAAACUUCAUUUUGUUUCCUUUAAACAAUCUGAGGAAUGACUUCAGUUUAAUAUAUUUGCUUUAUGCGGCUUAUAGUCACUGCUAUUGCAUAUGUGGUUUUAGAUUUUCUUAUUUUAAGUCUGUCAUUUUUUAAACACAAGAUGAAAUAUGAUAUACUGCCAAAGAUUUAUUUUAAAAGAUGUUUACACAUUGUUGUUAUGCAUUCUUCAUAUAAUGAAUGAUAAGCUGGAUUUUUUUGGAAUGUGUGUACAUUUCUCAGCUGUUCUUGCCACAUAAUGCAAAAGAAAAAUAAACACUUUUCUUUGUA